CAAAAUUACGAGGAAAUAUAGUAUUAUGCCUAUACCAUUUUCACAAAACCUUUCUAGAGGCCUCAUUUUAUGCCCUAUCAAUGAUUUAUUUGCAGAUAUCAAAGACCACGCUGCAAGAACUAUUAGAUGCAAAAAAGAUAUUUGACGAAGUUAGGGAUGGAAAUUUCGAUGAUAUUUCUUCUGGACUAGGUACUUGUUUUGAUUCUAAAAGUUUAGUGAAAAUAGGUGAUGGAGAGAUAAUUUAUCAUAAUUCAGAAAUUCAGGAUGUAAUUUGCGAUGGUAUGGUAAAGAUAAGUGCUCAAUUAUUGCAUAAAGUAAACAGACGCUUGGAAUGUUAUUGGGGGCAAUGGGGCAUUAGGACAUUGAGCUCGGCUACACUCUAUAAUAACGUUAGAGAUUCAUUUCCUCCAUUUAUAGCGUUUAAAGCUGUAAGUUUUGGAUCUAGAUAUGCUAUAAAUUUAGCAGCAACCAAAUAUCUAGGAUGGGUCUUGAUUAGUAAAAAAAUAGUUCACGGAAAGUCAGAAAAAGAACUAGUAUAUCUAGUUAAAAAUAUUUUUAAUAGUACAUUAAAUAAAAAGGAUGAACUUGAGAAAAUAGCAAAAGAAUUGGAUAAAAACUUCCAUGAAUUAAGAAAAAAAAAUGUGGAGAUUCACUUGGAGAAUGGUGAAAGAAAUAAUGACUCGAAUGAAUAUGAAGAUGAUGCUCGAGAAAUGCCAUUUGAAGCAAGGCUAGAGGAAAUACUUAACAUAACAAGAAUUAAUCUUAUAAUUCUCGAUUUGCUACAUUCUAGUCGCGAGACUUUGGAAGAUAUUUUGUGGGUUAUUGGACGUGAAGAAGAAUUUUCUGAAGAAUUUCCUGAAGAAUUUCCUGAAGAAUUCUCAGAAUCAAUUCAAGAAUUAUGCGAAUAUAGUAAAACUGCGGCAAAUUGCGAACAGUUAGCUGAAAAAGAGGUUAAUAGAUUAAACAGUUUAAAUCAUUGGCAAGAAGCACUAAACAAUUAUGAACAUGCGCUUAAAAUAAAUCCUAACCGGCAAGAUUUGCAGCUUAAUUGUGCGAAAUGUUUAUUGAAAUUGUCUAACAUUGCGUAUUGUAAACAAGCUAAUUAUAAAAAAGCUGCUAAUAAGGCACUAAGGCUAGACUCAAAAAACAAAUUAGCAGGAAAUCAAAAAGAUCUUCUCAAAAGCCUUAUCGUGCAAGAUAAUAUUGAUCGUUCAAUUGAUCGUUACGAAAAAGAAAAAAGUGACAUUAAAUAUGAAAUAGAUUUUCUAAACAAUUCCCAUAAUAAUGAGAGCCCUGUUUACAAUAUCUUAUCAAUUGAUGGAGGAGGUAUACGUGGGAUAUUACCUGCUUUAUGGCUCAGUGAAAUAGAAUCUCGUAUCCACAGACCAAUUUCACAUUUAUUUAAUAUGAUAGCUGGAACUUCAACCGGCGGAAUAAUUGCCGCUGGGCUAUCAGCUUCAUGGUUUUCACAGUCUAAUACAUCUUACGAAUAUUCUGACUCAAGGCCAAGAUUCUUGGCUUCAGAGAUAUUAAAUAUUUAUAAAAAUGAAGCAAAAGAAUUGUUUACUACAAAUAGUUCUUUUUUUAAAUAUAUCAUUACUAAAAGAGAAGUAUACAAACGAUGGUUGUUAUUUGGUAAGAUGAAGUUAGAUAAAGCACUUACCGAAUUGGUUAUUCCUGCAGUAAAUGAAAUCAAUAUAACACAAUUGCAUAUCUUCACAAGCUAUGAUGGUCGUGAAAAUGCCUCAAAAAAUGACUCAUUUGUUGAUGUCUUAAUGUCUACAACUGCUGCGUCUACCUUUUCCCCACCUUAUGAGAUAAUGAAUAAAGGCUUUUUUCUAGAUGGGGGAUUGACUCUUAAUAAUCCAGCAUUAGAAGCUUACAAUCAAGCCAAACGAUAUAAUGUAAGUGAAGAAAAUAUUCAUGUGCUUUUUCUGGGAACGGGAAGUUAUAUACCGGCUUUUUUGGGCACAAAUGUCCACAACGUAAUGAUGUCUCCAAAAGAAGAUGAAUCCGAAAAAAUACCUUAUCUUUUAGAGUUAGGAUAUCAAUAUAUUGAAGAGCUUGAUUGUUCGGAUGAUAAUCCCAUUAACAAAUUGGUUGAAUCUUUGGAAAAUAAGAAUAAUAACUGA